CAGAGCAGGAGCGAGUGCACUAAAACUCACACACAUGCGCAGGAACCGACAGAGACGGAGACAGCUUUUCAGCAGCGGCUAAGGGAUUACUCCUGUUUUCGUCUCCAUCCUUCCUGGGGUUUAUUGCCAAAGAAGUAUUGGAGACCUGAGAUGGAGUACAUCAGGACACAGUGUGAGCUGUGAUUUUUUCAAGAGGGUUGCAAACAUGAUCCCUCGCAGUGCAGGAGUAACAAUCAUUCUCAGUCUUACUUUGAUCAGCAGCCUACAGGCUGCAUACCUGACUGAAGAUGGACGAACACAGACAAGCCCUGUUAAAGAGCACAAAGAAGUUCACCCUGCUGGCAGCUUACUGUGGAGCAGCCAGACAUCAAGAGACAAUAUGGACACCACUACUCCACCAAUAGCCACUGGCCUUCCAUCUCUAUUCAACUUAUUUGCAACAUCUUCAAAUCCAGCCUCCCAGGUCAAGAGCAAGGAAUUCAAAGCUUCGGGAUAUACAACAUCUCCAGAUCAAAGGAGAACUGACGUGAGGCUAAGUGAUGCCUGGGAAUUCAGGCAGUCCAAAGCUAAUGCUCAAAGAUCACAUGACACUGAAAUGAAACAGAAGCAAACAAACCUACUGACAACUCUACAGGUUGACAGAAGAACGGCUGAGGAGCUCACCAGGAGGCCACCUAACCUUGGUACAAAUUCCUUAAGAGAGAGUUUGAAAUUAGACUCUACGUCCAGUCAGACAACUCCUGGAUUGGAGAAAAUGUAUGAAGGUCAGUAUAAGAAAAACAACAGUCUGGAUUCAAAGACAUCUAGACCGACUCCAGGACUGACAGCACACGCUUUAAUUCCAGGCUUGCUUUCACGAGAUGACUGGAAUGAAGACUUAACUGAAUCCUCAUCCCUGCCUGACUGCAAUAUUGACACCAUGGGGGUCUGCAACUCCUCCAACCCUCUCUGGAGCCUUGGUCUCCCUGACAACCUCACCAGGGCCCUGAAUCCUGCUUCCCCAAUGCCCCCCCAUGAGAAUGUAACACCAUCUCCUUCUAUAAUAAUGACCCCACCUCUUCUGGUGCCAUUAUUUUCAGACUGGAAUGCUGCAAUGGCAACGUGGGGCCUGGCAUGGGAGCUGCAGGUAUACGGACUGGGUUGUGUGUUCUCUCUGGUGGCUGUAUUGUCUGCGCUAAGUUUAUUGUGCCUCCCUCUGUGCCAGCCAUCCGGCUGUGCCAACUUCACCCUCUUGCAUCUCCUGCAGCUGCUUAUUGGUUCAAGUCGGGCUUUCUGGCUCAUCUAUGACCCCUAUGGUCAAAAGGAACGCCUCCCUGUGGCCUGGGCACGGUUCCUACAUGAGGCCGGCUACCCAUGUUUAACCGGAGCAUUUGGCAUGCUUCUUGUGCUGCUUUCUCCUCAGCUACUCUCUCAGAAUGCACUGCGGCGGUGUAUUUGCUUGUUAGCUAUGCUCAUGCUGCUUCACAUGGCCACAGUUCUGGGCACAGUUGGAAUAUUAUGGAUCUUUCCUUCCCUCCCUGUUGUUUCUCUGCUGCCCCCUGCAGCCUUCCUGCUUCUUUCUUGUCUCCUCUCCACUUCAUACCUGCUGCUCUACUGCUGUGCCCGUGUUGAAGCCAAGCACAUCUACAGGCUGAGGGAGAAUUCCCCUGAUCGCCUGGCAUGCCAGGCCAGUCAGUGCCCCCUCAGUGAGGCAGGAGUGUGGGAGCGGGCAGCUGGAAUGGGACUGGUCUCAGCAAUUUUCCUCCUGGCAUGUGCAGGACUCAGGCUCUAUGCCAUCCUGCAUGCACUGGGACUGACCGGUGGCAGGAUGGGGCUCAUGCCCUGGUCUUGGUGGGUCUUUCAGCUAUGCUGCAGAGCAUGUGAGGCAUGUGUCUGUCUCACUCUAGCACUCAUCCUCACACACCCUCUACUCUGCUGUGGAGUAGCUCGUCCCAAACUAAGUCACUGGAACUCAUGGUUCAACAGGUCAUCCGCUAGGAAUACAGUGAUCACCAAACCCCAAAUACUGUCAAGUGGUUGGUCCAAGAAGACUGGAGAGACUCUGCAUGAAAGCAUAUCACGCCAUGAGAGUGAGAGUGUGCCACUUUAUACCCUAGCAGAGCUGCCUCUUGGAGAACCAGAAGGCUUGGAGCUUAACUAUCCCAAUAGCCCUCAACCUGCCCCUGCACAACCUCCAAAAAAUGGACUAUUGGUCUCUCCGCCUUCCUUCCUCAGCCUGUAUUGUGAUUCUACAGUAGAUCUAAGGCCUCCAUCUCCUAUUGAUUUGCGGCGAAGCAUUGAUGAGGCUUUAAACAGUGAGGCUCUAUUCCAUCGCAGCCUGUUCAGCUCCUCCAGGCUGUCCCUCAGCACCCGGGGGCCUCCAGAUGGCCAGCCAUGCAGAGGAAUACCUGCAGAACCAUCACUCUACCGCACUGCAUCAUGUGGGGAUGUGGAUUUGCCUUCUGCACCAUCGCCACCUGUACUACGGAGCAGUGCAGCAUGGAAGGCCUCCAACUUCAACUCCUUACGCGGGGGAACUAGAAGUCAUGGAGGUCAGGCAUCUUUUUAUACUGGCUUUGGCCCUGGGCGCUACUCUCAGAAGCAAUACAGGGCUCUGGGCUCUAUUUCUUCCAGAGAGCGUUUGUAUGAUCAACACAUCCGCACACAAGCUGAUGAACUGGCCGUGCAAGCUGAAUUCAUCAACGUCUGCAGACAAAUAGACUCACUGAGUGUCUGCAGUGACACCAUCGAACUGUAGGUUAUCACAACUGAGUUAAGCAGCUCUAAGAGUGGAGAUCAUCUAUAGCCCAAGUGCAUGAAACCUAAACUUUCAAAAGGGAUUCUGUUGGAGAUGGAACACUUAUUUACUGCAGUUUAUAAAAGCUAAAAGGUUUGCAGACUCUUUUAAAAAAUGCCACUGCGGUGGUUUUUCUGCAUACCUUUAAGAGAAAGGAGUAUUUUAAAAUAUAAAACCUGAUUUAGUACUGACUGGUCAUUUAACAGUUUUAUGGCACCAUAAAAUAUUGGGAAUUGGGAGGGUUUCAAACCCAUAUUCACAAAAUCAGUGCUUCUGUGCCUUUUUCAGUUCUCCAAUAACAUUAUUCUGGAAGUGAUUUGUCAAGCAAUUUAUGAUUCAAUACAGAGAAAGCAUCGAGUUGAUUUUGAUGGAUGUAUGAAUUUCGCUCCAGCAAUGUACAGUAUACCUUCCUAUUGAGUUGCACAUGUAAAUAUUUUCAGUUUAAAGGCACCAUCACGGUUUGGGCAAUUAAUUUGUUUUGGUAAUACAAUUGAUAUACAACAUUCCUAAUAAAAUAUACUAUAAACAGAGGAAAGAAUAAAUUUGUAUAUACAGUAUAUAUGUUGGCAACAUUUAGCUUUCGAGGCAAAAUGUAAUAAAUCAAGAAAGGAAGGGCUUUUUCUCCAGCAGCAAUAUGUCUACGUUUAGCACUUUAUAACCGGAUAAGGCGUCACAGAGAAUGGAGUGUGCUUAGGUGUGGCUUUACUUAGAAUAUUUACCAGAGGUUUUCAAGGGAAGACUAAGAUGACAAAAAUGAUUAAGUUGAUAAAAGUUUGUAAUACUAAUAUAGCAACACCAGUCGAUGCAUGUAUGGGGGAAAUAGUUGUAUUUUAUUAUUAUUAUUAUUAUUUAUUUCCUCCCCUAACACAAAAUAUUUAAAAGAUUUUACCUUCUUCACUUUAGCCUUCAUUCUUUUAAUUUUUGUACUGGAUUUAGAAGCACAAGUCAGAACUUCAAUUAUAAAUCUGUGUUUUUAUAGGUAACUAUGAAAGUUUAUUAAAAUGGGAAACUUGGCUGUUAGCACCAUGCCUCUACUUUAUAAUGAAUUAAUGGAUGAAUGAAUAAAUAAACAAAUAAAUAAUGUGAGAACCAUGAAAAGAUGGUUGAAUGUGUACAUUUCUGUAACAAUAUUUACUUGAACCUGUUGAUCCCAUGAUCCAUUUAGAUUCGAAACCAUCAAGUCAUCACAAUC